UUAGGAGAACAUAUUUUAGGUUUUUUGUUAUAUGAAUUAUACAUUUUUAAUUUAACGGAUAGUAUUAAUCUAUAAAGUGAUAAUCGGAGGCGGUGACAUUGCGAAUAAUGUGCGCAAACUUGAGGCGUUUAAUACGCUUCUACUGUACCACCUUUGUAUUUCCUCCGGAGAGAAACAUGAUGUGGUUUUAGGUUUGUAAUUUAUUAUCGCGUUUAUAAAUUCUAUACUUUAUAUAUUGUAAAUAUAGUUUAUCAAAUGCACUAAUUAUUAGCACACAAACACACACACAAAAAAGUUUCUCCUUAAGGUGUAUAUUUCAUAAAUAGGCGGCCGAAAUCGUUUACUCUCUUUUCUGACAGGGUUUAUUUUGUCGACACACACAGUUUAACGCCAAUGCUCAGACACAAGAGACAUUAAUUUUAAGAAUCUUAAAGAACAUUUAUAUAUUAUUCGGUAUGGAAGAAAAGCCUUUACGAGUACUCGCGUGUGGUGACGUUGAAGGAAGAAUAAAUGCUUUGUUCAACCGGGUGAACGCCAUUCAGAAAAAGAGCGGGCAAUUUGAUUUGCUGCUGUGUGUCGGGGAAUUUUUUGGAAAUUCUCCUGAGGCUGAAGCAGAAUGGGAAGCGUACAAAUCUGGUGCCAAAAAGGCACCCAUUCACACAUACAUUCUCGGCGCAGCCAGCCAAGAGACUGUGAAGUAUUUCCCAAACUCUGAUGGCUGUGAGUUAGCAGAAAACAUCACAUCUUUGGGUCGAAGAGGCAUUUUCACUGGGGCAUCGGGGCUUCAGAUCGCCUAUGUCAGUGGCAGAGAAGCUCAGCAUGAACCUGCUCCCUCACACUGCUUCACCUCUAAAGACAUCACUGCCCUGGCGGCCCCGCUUCUGUCUAACUCCAAAUUUCGAGGAGUGGACGUUCUCCUGACUUCGCAGUGGCCUCGAGGCGUAUGGCAGUAUGGAAACAGUCCCGAAACUGAUACAAAGUUUUGUGGGGUUUCGUCCAUCGCAGAUCUCGCUGACAAGCUGAAGCCCCGCUACCAUUUUGCAGGACUGGAAGCAGUCCAUUAUGAGAGGCUGCCUUACAGGAAUCAUGUGGUCCUUCAAGAGAAUGCUCAGCAUGUCAGUAGAUUCAUCGCUUUGGCAACUGUCAACAAUCCUGCCAAAAAAAAGUAUUUGUAUGCGUUCAACAUUGUCCCGAUGAAAAGCAUGGACCCUGCAGAGUUAGUCAAGCAGCCUCAGGAUGUCACAGAAAAUCCCUACAGGAAACCUAUGAAAGAUGGGAAGAAAGAAAAACCACCACCCUCUAUGACAGGCGCAGAGGAGGAACCAGCACCCCAGUUCUUUUUUGAUCUGGGCCAGAAUAAACCACAGCACCAGCAGCGUCAAGGCAGGAAGAGACAAACAGACGGAGACAGACCUAACUAUCCCAAACAGCCCCGAAGACCCCCACAGCCCACUGGACCCUGUUGGUUCUGUCUUGCGAGUCCAGAAGUCGAGAAGCACUUGGUCAUAAGCAUCGGAACGCAUUGUUACAUGGCUCUUGCUAAAGGUAGUCUCACCCCUGACCAUGUUCUCCUGCUGCCCAUUGGACAUUACCAGUCAGUGGUGGAUUUGGCAUCGGAGGUGGUUGAAGAGAUGGAGAAAUACAAGAGUGCAAUCAAGAAGUUCUGUAAAAGCAGAGGCCAACGGUGCAUCAUGUUUGAGAGGAACUACCGCAGCCAGCACCUUCAACUACAGGUAGUGCCGGUGUCCAUGGAGAAGUGCAGUACAGAAGACAUCAAGGAGGCGUUCAUGACACAAGCUGAAGAGCAGCAGAUGGAACUGAUGGAGAUUCCAGCUCAUACAGACCUCAAACAGAUUGCUCCUCCGGGAACACCCUACUUUUACGUGGAGCUGGAUACAGGCGAGAAGCUCUUUUAUCGCAUCAAGAAAAAUUUCCCUUUGCAGUUUGGCAGGGAAGUGUUAGCGAGCGAGGCGCUGUUGAACAUCCCCAUGCGUGCCGACUGGAGAGAGUGCAAAUGUACAAAAGAGGAGGAAGAGGAUCAGGCCAAACAAAUGCGCUCUGACUUUGAGCCCUUCGACUUCGCACUCGAUGACUGAGCAACGUUUCAGAUGCAUCUGACUUGAUCCCUUCACAUGAAUGAACUCAGUCAGUGUGUCAACUGCUUAUUUUAUCAUUUUAUGCUUUUAAAAUGUUGCACCAUAUGCAUUUUCCUCUUCCUAUCAUUUGCAAACAGUUAGGAAAUGGCUGUUGUCACAGUGGUCUUUCAAAAGAUAAUUUUUUUGUGAUAUACAAUCAAGUGUGGAAUUUUGUUGUGACUCAUGAUUAAAGUCAUUUUUCAGGUUUGUAAAAUCUGCAUUUCUCUUUUGUAGUAACAGUGUGGUGUACGUCCUCUGCUUGUUUUGAUGUCCUUUCGAGAUUUUACUUAUGUUUGUAUUUGUGCUCAAGUACACAAACAACCAUGUCAUCUCAUAGCCUACAAAAGAAGACACUCAUUAAACAAAAUAGUUAUGGAAAUUAACUAUUAAUUAUG